AUGGGAUUAGGCGGUGCACUUAUUGGACCAACUUUACUUAAAUUUGGUGAACAAAUAAAUUUACCAUUUGAUCGAAUCGUUUAUAUAUUAUCUGUACGUUCAUUUGGAUUUUUUGGUGGUACAAUAAUUGGUGGAUAUAUUAUUGAUGCUUUUCCUAAAUUCGGUGGUACAUUUUUAACAUUUGCACUUUUUAUUAUGUGUAUAACAACAUUAAUUAUUCCAUUAAUGUAUUACCUUAUUCCUAUGAUGAUUGUACAUUUAAUGUGGAGUAUAGCAGCUGGUAUAGUUGAUAAUCUUGCUCAAAUUUUAACUAUGCGUCAUUAUAAAAAUUUUAAUGUUAAUCCAUAUUUACAAGCACUUCAUGGUGCAUUUGGUAUUGGAGCUCUUCUUUCACCAUUAAUUAUUGCACCAUUUCUAAGAAAAUCAAGUUCAAUUGAUCAAUGGCAUUAUGCUUAUUGGUUAAUUGGAUGUUUACAUAUACCAAAUAUACUUGGUAUUUUAAUUUUUGCUAUACGUGAUGAAUGUUGUUUAAAACAAGUUGAAGAAAUAAAGUUAGAAAAUAAAGAAUUUGUUGAAGAAAAUAAACAGAAAGAAGCAAUUAUUAAAUCUGAUCCUGAAGUAAAAAUAAAUGAGGGUGUAUGUUCAGGAAAUGUUAUAUUUCUUGGUUUAAUGACAAUAUUUCUUCUCUUAUAUGUUGGUAAUGAAACAGCUUAUGGAUCUUAUUUACAUACUUAUGCUAGUUUACAUUUAAAAUUUCCCAAAGAUAUAGCUGCAUAUCUUAAUUCAAUAUUUUGGACAUCAUUUACAUUUAGUCGUCUUUGUGGUAUUCCAUUAUCAAUGAACUUCUCUGCAUUACAAAUGAUAACUUUCGAUUUAAUUGGAUGUGUGAUAUCACUUACAUUAAUAUUUAUGUUCAACAAAGUAUCAUGGGUGCUAUGGGUUGGAUCUAUUUUCUACGGUCUAUCAGUUGGUACACUCUAUGCAUCAGCAAUUGCUUUUACUGAAAAAUAUAUACCUGUAACUGGUAAACGAAUGUCGAUUUUAGCUGUUGGUGGUUCGGCCGGUGAUGCAAUAAUACCAUUACUUAUCGGUUAUAGUAUUAAUUCAAAAUUUAUAGGACCUAUAGGUUUUAUUUCAAUUUUAUGCAUUGGAACUAUUUUAGCGUCACUGUUUUUUGGAUUUAUUUUUUUAUAUGUUAGACAUAUGUCAAAAGAAGAUAUGUGUGAUGAUAAAAAAACUUCUGAAGUAAAAUAA